UAUUAAUUUUGAAGCGGUCUAUUUGUGUUUUUAGUUUGUUCACAUAUUGAUUUAACAAAUUUUAACUCUGAAUGAGCGCAAUCUAUAAGACUUCUUUUUAAGUUUAUUUUCAAGUGUCAUAAUUUUACCACACGAUUGUUUUAAUAUAUACUGUUUUAUCUAAAUUAAUAUCUAAAACUUUUUGAACAACCAUAUAAAUAUAUGUGUCAACCACUUCCAAUGGAAUAAUGAUUGGAUACGAAAAUAAAAUUAUGGCUCAAACUGUACCUAAAAUUGCAUCUAUGCAAAAUUCUUGGUGUGUAACACCUCCACCGCCUUCUUAUAUGAGCUCCAUUUCAAGCCAUAUAAAUCUUAAUCAGCAGCAGCCACAAAAUUUGAACGAUUAUAGUGUUUCUACUGCUGAUACUUCAGCUGCCGAUUUAGAUAACUUUGAUUUGUCUCUACUAUUACCUCAACCAGCAGCUGAACCACCUACAUCCUCUGAAGAUGGUCGCGUACCUACAACUGAAGUUCUUGAGCACCAACAAGACAUACUCAGUCAAUUAACAAACUACAACAAUGGAUCAAAUUGUUAUACUGGAGCUGAUACUUUAGACACACUCGAUCUUACACAACUGCUUUCAUUAUAUGACGAUUACUGUAACUCCGAAGUUGCAGCUGGAGAAUAUCAAAAUAUGCUUAAGACUUCUUCUGAUACGACUUCAGUUACUACAACCGCUGCUAUCCAAAUUAAGGAAGAAGUCGACGAUAUAACUACCUCACGGUCUCCAUCGACAUUUAUUACAUCAUCUUCUCCACAAAGUCCUCCAGAAGUCACGUACAAUGUCAAUUGUACAUGGUUUGUUCAAGACCAACCAACUUCAGUUGUAUCUUCUCUUGAAUGUACCAAACCACAGUCAUCAUCUGUGUUACUCCGAUCGCUUUUAGAAAGUAAUGUUAAGGAAGAACUGGCAGUACAAUCUACUACUAGUGAUGAUGAUGUUGAAACAAAACCAAUCUUGCAAUCUACAGACUCAAUUAAAGCUUCUAGUCAUAAAUUGUUGAUUGAAAUGCUAAAAGGUUCAACUGAAGAUCGAACAAUUGAAGAUGACGCAUCCACUACUCCUUCUGUAGGGUCCACAUCUCUAAUUUCAACUGCUUCAUCUAGUAGCACAGCGGUUUCUGACUUAGCUGAACUCUUGUUGUAUUCUCCUGACCAAGGAGUCCCCACUGGUAAUGAUGAGAAGUCUAACUCGCAAAAAGACUCUCGGUUAUGGGAAGUAGUUGAACAACAACAACAAUGGAGCCAUCAAAAUAGCAAACAUUCAACUCAUGAUAUGACAGUACCAUCCCUUUCUCCUCAACAAAACGGAGGACUAGACCAAGUGCUAUUUGAUGACGCCGCCGCUUUGGUAGAUGGUCUUUUGUUUGGUGGAGACAACGUUUUUAAGGAACAAGAUGGUUCUAUGUCACCAUUAAAUAAAGCUAAUAAGGACGAUGUACGGCUUGAAGCUCAAAUGGAUAUGUGGAAAUCUCUUCUGCUCCAACAAGAGCAGCAAGAAGAUGACCACAGACAAAAAAGAAAUACUACAUCGGUGGACAGACAACAGCAACCACCCUUGAAACGUCAGCGUGUUGAUAACGAGCACGACAUUAUGUUGACAACGACUUCUCUGUCCUCACUCGGAUCUAUUUCUCCAGCUUCUUCCACUUCAAGUACCUUAACGAUGUCCAUGUUGGACAAAAAUGACAACGUGAUGUCUACGGAUUGCGAUAAGGAUGAAGACGAUGAAUUCUACGUAACAACAGCAGCCACUUCGCCAUCUUCGUCAUCCACCAGAUCUUCCGGUUCUGUCUCGGGUUCUUCGGGUACUAGCACACAACACCAUCACCAUCACAUACACCUAUGGCAAUUUCUUAAGGAGCUUUUGCAACAGUAUGAUGACCAAAACGGUCUCCAGUCAUCCGCCGAAGAUGGCAAACAAACUCCAUCGACUAUCAUAAGGUGGUUGGAUCGGCCCAAGGGAGUCUUCAAGAUAGAAGACUCAGUCGCUGUUGCCAAACUCUGGGGUCGUCGGAAAAAUAGGCCUGCAAUGAAUUACGAUAAACUGUCCCGGAGUAUACGGCAGUACUACAAGAAAGGCAUCAUGAAGAAGACGGAACGCUCUCAAAGGCUUGUCUAUCAAUUUUGUCACCCGUACAGUGGUUCGCCGUCCACGGUUUGUUCCAACAGUACCACCACAAAUGUUGUUGCCGCAGAAAUGUCGCCAUAAGCAAUUGUGGGUCUGUGUGUAGUGGAACUAGCCGUGGAUUUUAGCAGCGAAAGGUAAUUUUCGCCGUACCACCGAGUUGGGUUCCAUACAGUCACACUUGUAAAUUUUUUUGCUCAUCAACCGGGUCAUAGAAUGUAGCAGUUUGUAAAUAUAUUUUUAGGCUUAAAGUAAAUGGACUGAAUUGUACGGGACAAUUUAAAUCCAGGUUACUGGAAAAGUGUUUUCCGUGGGGUGUAUAAUUGGGGGGCAAAGUUUUCAUUAAUAUCUUUAGAUAACUUAUACAGUCCAUUUACAAUAUUUAUGUGCAACACUUUUAUGACUUAUUUUUAAAUUAAACUACCUGAAAUACGUUCUUGAACUUAUCGAAAGCUCCUCUAAUAGUAAAUAGAGUAUGCGCGUAUUAAGGUAGUGUUUCGGUCCCAUAUAUCUAUGAUAUAUUGUCUCAAUUCGUACGUUCUGUGAACGCAUUAUUAUUUUUGAAUAUAAACAUUUUAAAAAAAAUGCAAUUAAGUAUACUAUUGCAUUAUUUUUAAUUUCUAUAAUACCAUAAAGAAGCUAUGUAGCAUCAUAUUAUAAUCAAUUGUUAAGUUAUUAUUUUCAAUAUUAUUGACUAAAGAUAACAUAACAUUAUGUAUUACGUGUAAAUUAACUGAUUUUGUACAAAAAUAUUUUUUGUCUUAUUUCAUAUUACUUUUUAUAUGUUUUAUAAUAACAUUUUUUUCAUAUUUAUACUAUUUUACCUUAAACUAACUUUUUUAUGAUUUUAUUAAAUACUUGUAGUUAUAUUACUGAUUUUCAUCAUACAUAUUUUUUAGCCAUUUUAUACGAAUAGUAAUAUUUUAAUUAAUAUUUAUAACAUUUCAUGUUAUUAGUUGUUUGUAAAAAAAAAUGUAGAAACUUUAUGUAGCACUUAAUAAAUGUGCAAUGUACAUUUUUCGGGCGAUUUGUAACAAAAAAUUUCUCAAGCAUAAUGUUUAAUGAUAAUCAUUAAAUUAAAGUCGUUAUGUAGUUUGUAAAGUAUAUUUUAAGUAAUUUUAUACUCAUUAAAUUGUAUACCUUAGUUCUGUAUUAAUAUGUACUUUUUCAAAAUUAUGAAUUAUCUCAUU